AUGUACUUAGCUUCGAAAGUCACCGGUGCAUCAUUUGUUAUAUUCAAAAUGAUUACAACACAGAUAUCAUAUGUUUUCAUUUCUUUUGGAUACAUCAUUUUGAAUACUUCGUUUCAGCUUCCAUUUAACGUUACUUUUGGCCAUUCAGGAUUCUUAGUAUUGUGGUGUUUUUCAUUUUUACUUAUGUCAUCGGUUGGAAGUAUUAUUGAAGUUUUGGUGCAGAUUUGUUUUGCUACAACCCCUCCAUUUAUUGGUUUUGUCCUUGUUUACAUGGUUGUCACAAAUUUGUCACCAACAGUCUCACCAAUUGUCCUUUGUCCUAAAUUCUACCGUUAUGGUUAUGCAAUUCCGUUGAAAAAUUUCUAUGAUCUUUUACAAGUUGCUUAUUUUAAUGCACGGAAAGCACAUGUUGGAAGAAACGUUGGUAUAUUGAUUGCAUGGAUCAUUGUUAGUAAUGCAGCUUUACCAUUUGCUAUGAAAUGGUUGGCUCACAAGAAACAAAGAGACGAAGAGAAGAAGAAAUUUGAAAAAGAAAAUUAG